UUGAUGACUAAGAAAACUGAUACGUGACACAUUGAUAAUGUAAAGGCAAAUAAAAGCAGUGAUAGGUGCUGGCAUCAUAUCUGAAACACGAUCAAAUAUAUUCUUAUAUUAAUAUUCUUAAUAUAUUCUUAAUAAUACAAUUUUGAAAGAUUUCCAAUGAUUAGUAAUGUUUGUAAAAUUACAGAAUAUAACCUACGGGCUUAUUCUAAAUAGGAUAAUGCUUUUUUUUUUUUUCUAAAUCAAGCAAAAAUACUUGAUGCGCUUCACAUGCUGUGCUGAACUGAUAGGGAGUGUAGUGUGUCAGGCAGGGAUCAGCUUCCUGCGAGGCCAUUUGACACCCCCGAAAGGGAGUCAAUCAGGUGACCAGGGGCUUGGAUACAGUCAGGCACCGGGGCUCCAUCAUCCUCCACUGUGGCAGCACAGGGCACGAGAUGACGUUCAUCGCCAAGACCUUCUACGACCUGAGGGCCACCACGCUGGAGGGAGACCCGGUGGACUUCAACGUGUUCAGGGGGCGGGUGGUCCUCAUAGAGAAUGUGGCCUCGCUCUGAGGCACCACCACCCGGGACUACAGUGAUCUCAACCAGCUGCAGAGCAAGUACCCCCACCGGCUGGUGGUCCUGGGUUUUCCCUGUAACCAGUUUGGAUACCAGGAGAACUGCUCUAAUGGUGAGAUCCUGAAUUCACUGCAGCAUGUGCGUCCGGGCGGUGGCUUCACACCCAACUUCACCAUCUUCCAGAAGUGCGACGUCAAUGGCACCAACACACAUCCAGUCUUUGCCUAUCUGAAAGACAAGCUCCCCUAUCCCGACGAUGACCCCACUUCUCUCAUCCAGGAUCCCAAGUUUCUGGUUUGGAGUCCCAUCAGCAGGACGGACGUCUCCUGGAAUUUUGAGAAGUUCCUCAUCGGGCCGGAGGGAGAGCCCUUUAAGAGAUACAGCAAAAAGUUCCCCACCAUUGACAUAGAGCCUGACAUUCAAAGACUGUUAAGAUUAACCAAGACCUAAGAAUAGCCUUUGUCUGUAAAUGACUUCUCAUCUGUAACUGUCCACGCCGUCCUCCACACUUUUAAGCCUUAUUACAUGAGGGUGAUCUUCUGAAACUCUGAGGGAAUAUCAUCUGAGGCCUUAUAAGUGCUUAACAGUAGUGGAUGAAUAGUGUAUUUUUAUCAUCAAGAAAAAGAGCAUUGGAAUUUUGUUGAAUAGUUCCAAGGUUAAACACUCACGUCCCGUCCAUUCGUUUUUUUUUUGUCCUAUGCUCGUGCAUCCAGCAGAUGGCGCUACUGAUUUAACCAUGCAAGCACAUAACUUCAGUCACGCUUAGAUGAAUUAACAUUCACCCCGCACACACACUCACGAAAUGUUUGCACUUGAAUAAAAACCCUAAAA